AUCUUUCUUGUAAAACAACGAACUCAUUUCCAAAAUGGAAGAAAAAUAAAAUAUCCUCAUGGUUUCUAUUUUCCCCUCCAAAAUUUCUAGAAACGCCUAAAACCCUACCAUUCUGCUCGGGGUUUUACCGGCAGCGUAGAGAAGCACCAGGAUGCUACGCACCGCAUUUGCCACCGCCCUCCGCCGAGCCUCUCGAUCGGGGCCCUCCUACGUCGGAGUGUCUAUUCUCUCUCCAUCACCACCGCCGCCGCCGUUGAGAUUAGUCCACCACGAUGCCCAAAACGGUUCCACUGCAAGUGCAAACCCUGCCGUUCUCCAGGCGAUCAAUUAUGCUCUAUCGAAUGCCCGUUCUAAGAAAUCAGAUGAGUCCUAUAGAGAAGGUACGAUGAUACUAGAGCAGUGCCUCAAUGCUCAAUCAAGUGAGGAUCAAGCAGGUCAAAAUUCAAUGGGGACGCUAUUACUUGCAAUGGCUCAUUUGUUAUAUGAAAGUGGAAAUAUUGAUGAUGCAUAUGUGAAGCUCAAAGGUGUUCUGGACUUAACAGAAACUUCUUUAGGUGUUAGAGCUGCUGCUUGUGAAUCUGCUUUUGGUCUGAGUUUGCAGUUGGGCCUGGAUGAUGAUUCAACAAAGAUUGCAGAUAACUUCUUACAACUCUUGGAAGAAGGUGAGUUGAAGAGUGAUGGGGGAGGCUCUGAGAUUCUAAGAGUUCGUGCUAGAGCAGUGAAGGGGCUGGCUGAAUUUGUCAAAGGCAACAUUGAAUCAGCUGAAUCAUUCUUUCAAGGACUUCAUGCUGAUUGCAAUUGCAAUGCUGCUCUAUCAUAUGGAGAAUUUCUUCAUGCCACACGGAACUUUACAUUGGCCAAAGAAUUAUACCAACGAUUAACUAAAGAGGUGCAUAAGAAUGUCAAUUUCAGUGAUAUUAACACCUCAGGAGUUUGCAAUAUGGCUCCAAACGAAGUUCUACUGGCUGCUACCUUUGCUUUGGGGCAACUUGAAAUGCACAUGGGCAACUUUGGUGAUGCAGAGGAGAUAUUAACAGAGGUGUUACUUAAAACAGAAGAACAGUUUGGCCCUCAUCAUCCCAAGGUUGGUGUAGUCUUAACCUGCAUGGCUUUCUUGUUUCGUAAUAAAGCUAGGCAAGAAGGUUCGAGUUCUCUUCUAAUCCAAGAGGGGCUUUAUAGAAAGGCAUUAGGAUACCUAAACCCUCCACCAGUAGACGUUGAGGGUUUAGAUGUCACAAAAAUAAAUGGAAGGGACAUGGCAGCCCUUGCAAGAGGUGGUUAUGCAGAAGUACUCUGUGUUCAACAGCACAGAAAACAUGAAGGAGAAAAGUUGAAAAGUUGGGCAGAUAAUGCAUGGAGAAACCGCCGCAUGUCACUAGCUGCGGCAGUGGACUUCCCAGAGGCUGCUAAUGUGGUGCCAGUUAUAGAUGCUCGAGUGAUCCGUGUCCUGUAAAUCUUCACAUUCUCCUUCUUUACUCAUACAUCUCCGGCGAAAACAUUCCAAAAUCAGUCUAUACUCCACAUCCUCUCACUUGAAUAUUGAGUAUUGUAUGCUUACCUCCUGAUUGUUGUGGCACUAACAAUUUAGAAGUAAAUCAUGAUGGAUGAUAUAUGUUCUGAACUAAGCAAUAGAAAGUUCGAAACAAUUAUACACUUGCAAUUUUACCAUUCUAGCAGCUCAGACUGUCUUGAUGAGAACUGUAAUGAGGAUGCGUAUUGUACA